AUGGAUCCUGAUGACAAGGAGGGGGAUGAAGUCAAGAGCGCACAGGUGAAAAAAAACCAGCAUUCCAAGAUAAGCAAAGCUUGACUUUUUGAUUUUUUUUUUUAAAUUCCCUUUCUUACCGGUUCGGCUAAUUAUCAAUUCAAAUCUUCUAACCCAAUCAAAACCUUCCUAAUAUCAUUUCGAAGCGCUUAUCAGGUUUUUCCUUCGAUUCCUUUGGUCAAUAAGAGGCUGUGUUGAAAAUUGCUGAAAUUUUAAGGAGUCUACAGAGUUUCGAUUUCCUGAGAUUUCUAAAUGAACCGCUACCUGCACAAAAUUUUAGCUUUGGCGAAAAUUCGCAAAAAGUAUCUUUUAUGAAGCUAAAGAUUCGAAAUCAGAAGACGAUCAUAUUGAAAUUCACACGUUAUGAGCCGUAGCCGCUUUGGCUUCUAUAGCUGAUUCACGGCCCGCUUGGUACGCUAAGGCCUUUAGCCUGAGGGGGCGUUUCCUGUCUGCGCUCUCCACGAGCCAGACGCUAUCUUGUGCAUUAUCGUGUCAGGACCCAUUUUUCAAUGGCUCAAGCCCGCCGUGAACUAGCUAUACAUACAUUGCAAUUUUCGAACUGUUCAAUAUCCUGAAAUUUUCUAGGUCUCGGUGUCGAUGAUUGUGAGGCCGCUGACCUCAAACUGGCGACUCGUCAAAACCAUCUCAGCAGAGGAAAGGAACUCGGGCAAAAGUGCUUCUCAGGGGAAUCUCGACGGGUUUUCUAUCCUAUUUUCAAGAUUUUACCAUGAAAAAAUUCAGAAAUGUGUGGAAAAGCUCUAAUCGGAGAACCGUUUACUUUUUCGACAAAAAUGGGAAAGAGAAUGAAGGAAAGGUAAGAUUUUCUUGGGAGUCGAUCGAUUUAUCAGUGCGAUUUUAAUACUACUGUAAAAAAUGCUCCAAGAGUUGUUCAUUUCAAAAAAGAGGAAAAAUUGAAAAAAUUGUGAACCAGGGUUUGAAAUAAGCCAAUCAGUUCUGAUUACUCAGGAACGCCAGAGUGAUCCUAAAAAGGGGUCAGGGAAAAAAGCCGAGGAGAAACUAGUGCUCCCUAGAGGGCUGAAAUUUAAGGUCCCUCAUAUGGGUUCAGAGUCUGGCUUCUAUGAUCAUAAAGCACAAGUUUCCCCUACAGGCAAAUGCUCCUCUAGAAAGGCUACUAACUAAAACCCCUAGAGUGGUCAAAUUUGUUAUCUUUAGUCAAGGCGCUCCCUAGAGGGGGUCUUGAGUGCCCCAAGGGUGCAUGUCUAGGGCCAACUCUUGCGUUCCUAAACGUAUUACUGUAGAAAUCGACUUGAAAUCCCCAAUUCAGACAGCUUGCCAACAAACCUGUCCGAAUGAGGCGGAGAAAAGCGUCGGAUGCUUCGCUCCAUGCGAAUGUUGCUGUGUCGAAGUGACUUCCUAGCCGAAAGUAUUAUGUAUUCCGUUUCCACUCUUUACAGAGAAGUACGGCGUGCGAGGACAACCGCUCAAUGAUCACGAAAACAUUUUACGAGACGGAACAACUUCCACGUCCCGAAUUUCCGACAAAGAAACGGUGAGUAACACUGUUGAUAUGAAAAAAAAAACCUUUUUAUCAUCUGCCAGAAGAAUUUGAUUUCUUGAUCGGCAUUUUCAGUUGUCAGGAAAAGUCCGUUCGAAAAGAGAAGAGAAGACCGAAAAAGGAGCCCUUGCCUCCGCCGCCACAGCCGCCGCCACCGGUCAUCGAUAAUCCGAAAAAUGUAUUUUUUAAAGUUUUUUGCGGGGAAAAAAAAAUUCAUUUCCUUUCUUUAUUUGAGAAAAGAAAAUUAUUUUUUUUAGGAAAAAAGCGAAAAACUUGAAAAUUGAGGAAAUCAAGUUUUCAGGGUGACGAAGACUCCUUUUUUGCUACCUUUUUGCGCCUUUUCUCAGCUCUUAUGCACCAUUUUUGCUGCCUCUAUCCUUAUCCGCUAUUUCUCGAGUCUUUAAAGUCCCAGAAAAAUGGAAGGCUCGAUAAAGGGACCCUUUUUGCUGCCUUUCUGCGGCCUUUUUUGAGCCUCUCCUUUUUAGCGGCCAUUAUCCACCAUUCCGACUUUGCCCGAGUAGCAUAACUUCUUUUUUCUGAAAAUAGUAAAUAAUUUUAACUAUAUCAACUUUAAGAAUUGAAAAAAAUUUUUUUACACAGUGCUCAAAAAAAUCGUUCACAGCAUGUGGGCAGAGCUACGCGGUCCCUACUCUACUACAAAAUUUUAUUUUUAAUCAGUCUGGAAUUUUUCCUGGAGUAUUAAAAUAAACCUUCCAGACCCUCCCAGCAGCCGCACUUUCGCCUAUCAAGCCGGUCCCUCUUCCAACAAAAAUCGUUCCGGAAACUGGUACUUCAUUUUUUUUUUCACAAUCAUUUCCUGAAAUUUCGAAACACUCUAUAGUCAAUGUUUCCCGACUUGAAAGGGGAGGGAGGCGGGCAAAGGGGCGGGACGCGAAGCGUGUACGUACGCGGUUCUUGGCACGAGUUCAAUUCAACCGCGAGCGAAUAUUCAGAGAGCUUAUUUAUUGCUCUUUUCCCUCCUUUUUCAAUUAUUUAUUGAUAUGUUCAUGUGUGCAUCAAAAAACAGUAGAAAAUACAGAAAAAGAACGGUUGCCGAGCUUUCAAAUAGUCGGCGGCGAUUGAAUUGAACUGGCGCCAAGAACCGCGUACGCACACGCUACGCGUCCCGCCCCUUGCCCCGCCUACCUCGCCUUUCAAUUCGGGAAACAUUGACUAUACAAGAGUAUUAUUUUAAUAAUUUGAAAAUAUUUUUCUUUUCCAUCCUCUCAAGGUAUUAGUUCACUGACGAAAAAGGUCAUUUCACUUUGUAGUUGGGAGUUUUCCGUAAAUUGGUUAGGGUACUCCUUGAUCUGCCAAGUGAAGUUCUUGAGAGUCCCAUCCUGCAAAAAUUCUUAUUUUGCGAGAAAAAAAGGAAAAAAACCAUCUAAAAGCUGAAUCUGGCUUGAGCCAUCAAAAAAGGUCGAUAAAAAAAAAAGAGACAGUGUCUGACUGUUGGAGAGCGCAGACAGGCCACGGCCCUACUCAAGCUAGCGGUGGAUCGACCGUUUUCAAAGCCAAUUUCUCGAAAACUAAAAAUUUUUGCAAUUUGAGACUUUUUGAAUAUUCAUAUAGUACAUCAAGGACUAGUCUAGCCAAUUUUCAAAAAGUUCCCAAUCAUAAAGAAAAGAACCUUCCUUGUGAGAAGUAAUAGGCUCUCCUACCUUUCACCUUCAAAAAAUUUUCUACUAUUCUUGCAACUUCACAUUUUAGCUCCCAUUGUUCCACGGCCUGCGGCACCAGUUCCAUCAGCUCCUAAGAUUGCGGAAUUUGAUCCGAAAAGUGGGCUGAAUGACAGAAAUUUUGAAGCUGUGAAUAGAAAUUCAGAAAAACUGAAUCCCGAACUGGUCCCGCAACAAAGGUCCCCGAACCCCUGCUCUCAACCGCCUCGUUCCCCCAGGUCGCUCAGCGAAUUUACGGUCUGCAAUCAACAUCCUCCAGUAAAAUCGAUAUCAUUUCAGAACGGUCGAUCUUUCGCCUCUCUAUUAGCUCAACCAGAAGUUUACUCGCACCAUGAGGUAAUCAUUGAAAUGAAACGCUACUUUUCAGAUUAAAAAAAAAUUUAAAGCGGUCUCUUUUUUGAUUUCGUAAAGUGUUCCCAGGAUCGUGCAAAAAGUGAAUUUAUACGUUUUUGAAGGCAAAAACUGCGCCGAGGCUCCUCCAAAAAAUAGAAAAUCAGAAAAUUCAAGCUGUGAAAAACUUUUGACUAACUUAGGAGCCCCCGAGUGGUCACUAUAGGGGCAACCUUGGAGGCCUUUGAAGGUUUCCCUCUAGGGACCACUUCAUCAACCCCUAUUUAGGCCAAAAGCUUGCAAAAGUGGUCGCUUCAGGGGACGUUAUAGUGGCCCCUAGGGGUUCAAGUAAGUGGUCCCUUUAGGGGAUACUUUAGAGUUUUAUAUAGGAACUUCAUCCACGGAAACUAGAUUUUCUGAACCUGAAAUUUAUGAACUUUUCAUAAAUAAUUUUGAACGCCGGCUAGUUCAUUUUGAGUUGAACUUAAAAAAAAACGCCAAAAAUUGACGACAUUAAAAGAAUUCUUACCUUUUCUGAGAAAAAACCUCGAACUAUCUGCUCUCCAAAAUGAAUCAUAUAAUAUUAAUUUCUAUGAUUCUCGAGCUAUUUUACUUCAAUCUUAAUUUUGCUCUUCCAGUGGUUCUACUCGUCGGAAGGCCGUGCGUGGCUGGCGCUUUUCGCUUUCGUCGUCGUCCUUUUCUGCUACCGUUCCUCGCUGCCCGACCACAUGUGUCACUAUUCGUGA